AAGUUACGCAACGCAAAGUGAUGUCAGUCAGUCAGUAUCUCGAAAUUCUCGAUAGCUGUCUUAUCAAGGAAGACCUCGAGUAAUCACAUCGUCUGGCAGUGUGCUGCAGUUUCGUAUUUUAUCCAGUCCAUAAAUGACAUUAAUCGUGGAAAAGACAUCUUUCAAGUAAUCAUAUACAUAACUGCAAUGGUAGUAGGAUAAAUUUGAUAUUUCCUCCUUAAGGCAAAAUGAGCAACGUAACGCCUACAUACGUGACUGAUGAUGAUGUCAGGCUGGUUUUGCGAAGAGACAAAGGACCAGAGGCAUCCCUGAUAUCUUGGUCUCUGGAAGAUCUUGCCUCUAAGCAUGAUGGGUUUACCUCAGUCAUUAAGAACCUCAGGGUCAAGUAUUCUGUGGCAGGACAACCUGGAGAGUCAUGCUAUGUUUUGAAGAUCUACCUUGGCAAGGGAGAAGAAGCUGAUUGUUUCUAUGAAUUGAUUUUCUACAAAGAGGUGAACUUCUACACCGAGGUUAUUCCUGCUCUGAAUGACAUCUUAAGAGAGAUUGGAUGCCGCCCUUUAAGUUUCCCAAAGUACUUCCAUCAUCGACUGGAAAAAAGCAACAGCAUGAUUAUCCUCGAAAAUUUAAAGGUGCAGGCAUACCAGAUGAAAGAUAAAGGCGUGGGGAUAGAUGUGGACCACGCGUCUCUCGUCCUAAAAGAACUGGCGAAACUGCACGCAGCUUCUGUUCUCUUGCAAGAGAGACAUCCCGAAAGGGACUUGGUUGAGAGGUUCAAAUGUCUGCAGAAAGAGUGGACGCAGGAGUACAACAUCGGUUGCGACUUCGGAGGAUUUGUAGACCAGUUUUUGGACAUUGGCCUCGCGAUGUUCGAGAAAUUUGGUGGCUGUGAAAAGGUUAUUCAUUGGAUUAAGAAAAUCAAGCCCAAUGUUUGGAGUAUAUAUAAUGAGCACCUGGUGAGAAGUCCUCCUUUCGCCCUUAUCCUGCACGGAGACUGCUGGAUCAACAAUCUUUUGUUUAGGUACGACGACAACGGAAAUCCUGCUGAAGUGAAGUUCCUAGACUUGCAAGGAUGUCGGAAGGCUUCUUUGGCACUUGAUCUACAGCACUUUAUAACCCUAAAUGUCGCGGGACCGGAAAGACACUCGAAAUUGCCUCUGCUGCUCGGCACUUACUACGCUGCUUUCGAUGAGGUGAUGAAGGCUGGUGGGUCAGGAGUACCUUUCUCGCUCGAGGAUCUCCGUCAGGAGUACAUCGAAAAGGGUUUCUACGGAGUGCUGUACAGCAUCAUGUUCCUUCCAGUUAUGGUUCGAAGGCCCGAAGAUUAUCAGGAUAUUUUAAGCACUGAAAAUACGAGUAACUGUUCCCAGAUGGAAAAUGUUUUGAAGAUGGUGGAUGACAACCCGCUGUUGAAAUCCAGGGUCAUGUCUGUUAUAGAAGAGUGGACGCAACGCGGAGUCAUCUCAUAAAACUGUUCCAAAAGACACUUUCAGAAUAAACUACAAGUUCAAAAACAUGGAGAGUAAGACAGAAAAUUUGUGUAAAUUUGGAGUGUAAUUACUCUUUGAUUAUGCAUCUUAAAACAUACAUAUACAUAAUCAUAGCAUGCAUUUACAUACAUACACAUACGCACACAUUGUAUAUAUAUAUAUAUAUAUAUAUAUAUAUA